CCACGUGGACGUAGCGUGCCUCAUUAUAAUAAAGGGACUUGCGUUCAAUCGAGUUAUCCUUUAACCCUCACAAUCCCUGACGGUCCUUACAAUAUCGACAUUGUCGGCCUUUUUUUUGUUGGAUAAGCAAUCGAUAGGACUUUUCUCACCACGCUGAUAAUAAACCGCAGUCAUGUACAAUUUAACGGAAGGAGCGUUGGAGAGAAUCAUGCGGGGCACGAACGUCGAGAAACCGGUGCUCCAAAUAUUGGGUUACAAAAAACAAGAUAAUAAGGAUGGUGUCGCUACCGAUCGCUACAGAUUGGUAGUAUCCGAUGGACGGAGGUUCAACUCGUUCAUCAUGUUGGCAUCUCAAUUAAAUAAUCUUAUCACGGAUGAAAUUUUGACCGAGAAUGCAAUCUGCAGAAUAUUAAACUAUCACUUGAGUUCAGCGAACAACGGUGGCAAAGAAAAACGCGCGAUGGUGAUAUUGGAUAUCGAGGUGUUGAUUUCUGGCAGUGAAGUUAAGGAGAAGAUAGGCAAUCCAACUAAUAUAGACAUUAAGUCAGAUGCUGAAUCCAUAUCUACAUCCACAGCUGCAAGUUCUCCUUUUCCAACUAAUGGUGCAGCCAAAAGGAGUUCUUCAAAUCAUUAUGCCUCUUCUGAUAUAUCUACUACACCAAUCGCUGCAUUAAGUCCUUACCAAAACAGAUGGGUGAUCAAAGUUCGUGUGACUAAUAAGUCUCCAAUCAGAACAUGGAGCAACUCCCGUGGAGAAGGCAAGCUUUUUUCCAUGGAUCUGAUCGAUGAAAGCGGCGAAAUUCGAUGUACCGCAUUCAGAGAUCUAUGCGACAAGUUCUAUGACAUGAUAGAGCCUGGAAAUGUGUAUUAUAUCUCGCGGUGCACACUGAAGGCAGCGAACAAACAGUUUAAUAUGUUAAAAAACGAUUACGAGAUGACGAUGACCGGCGAUACAGAGAUCGUCCCUUGCCACGAAAACAGUGAUGACAUCCCGACGUUGCAGUUCAACUUCUGUCCCAUAAGUCAAGUAGAAAACAAAGAAAAAAAUGUCUUAAUAGAUGUCUUGGGCGUCGUUACAACUUUCAACGAUGUACAACAUAUUAUGCAACGAACUACCGGCCGAGAGCUCUUGAAGAGAGAUGUUAAUAUCGUUGAUGACAGCGGCACAAUGGUGUGCGUUACACUGUGGGGAAAACAAGCCGAGGACUUUGAUGGUUCUAAUAAUCCGAUCUUAUCCAUUAAAGGAGCGCGUGUCGGCGAAUUUAAUGGUGGAAAAAAUUUAUCCCUUAUAAAUUCCUCCGUACUUGAAAAGGAUCCUGAUCUUCCUGAAGCACACAGAUUGCGCGGAUGGUACACUGCAGUCGGCCAUUCGGAGAACGCUAAAUCAUUGUCUAGAGCAGGUGGAAGUGGUGACUUCAACGCGCCGUUGUGCACUUUCCAGGAGGCGACCGAAGCUCGAUUGGGGGAAAAAAUGAAUCUCCCAGAUUCAUUUACAGUGGUGGCGAUCGUUAACAUGAUUCGCAUGGAAAAUGCCAUCUACAAGGCGUGUCCCGUAGAUGGUUGCAAGAAGAAGUUAAUCGAUCAAUCUACCGGAGUAUUUAGAUGCGAAAAGUGUAACAAGGACUAUCCAAAUUUCACGUAUCGCUUGCUGGCAAGUAUGAGUGUAGUAGACGCAACAGGCAGUCGCUGGAUAACUGCCUUCAGUGAAGAUGCUGAGAAAAUAUUCGGCAUGUCGGCGCAAGAGUUGGGGGAAUUAAAGGAGAACGAUAACGACGCUUAUAUGCAGAAAUUCGACGAAGUGAAUUUCAAGAGGUUCUUAUUCAGUUUAAGGGCGAAAUCAGAAUUUUUUCAGGAUGAGAUGAGAAUAAAACACGUCUGUACGUCAGUCGCACCGCUAAAUUACAAGACUUACCUAGCACAUCUGACAGACAAAGUCUCCAAGUUAGUACACAUCGAGAAAUUGGAGUCCAACUAAAUAAGAUUUCAUACGUUUUGUUAAAAAGAAGUUCAAGAAGAUGAUUAAAGCUUAUAAGUUUGUACGUUUCAUUGAAGUAUUAUGAUCGUUUCGAUAUUUUUUCCAAGUGUCUUUUAUUUAGAUCGUUUCUAUUAUUUAAUGAAAUUCGAUUAAGUAUUCUUCAAUGUAAAAGAAGAAAACCGUAUGUAGCACGCGUAAGAUACAAUUAAAAUUAUAUUAAUCACAUAUUAAAAUCGUUACUUUCCGCAUGGAUAUUUAUAAUUUUUUUUAUAUUAUGAUUGUAAUAUCACAUUUAUUGUGCCUGCAGCAUGAUUUUUGUAAAAUAAAUUUCUGAUUCACACAUU